UCAUUAGCUACGGAUGGCAAAGGAUUAUCAAGAUAUCUAUGCAAUCAUGGAUCAUUCUUCUAUGGACAAGUCUGAAUUGGAAACUUAUUUAGAAGAACCAAUUUUGAAGCCUGAUAAUUGGAAAGAUUUGGAUGUCUUGAAUUGGUGGAAGAACAAUCAAACUCGGUUCCCAAAUCUUUCAAGGAUGGCGGCUGAUAUUUUGAGCAUUCCAAUCACAACUGUAGCUAGUGAAUCGGCUUUUAGUAUUGGUUCACGUGUUCUUACGAAGUAUAGAAGUUCCAUUCUUCCAACAAACCUUCAGGCUCUCAUUUGUGCUCGUAACUGGUUGCAUGGAUUUGCAUAUAAAGAGAAUGCAUGUGAUAUUGAUGAUGGAGAAGAAAUCAUUGAUAUUUUUAGAAGUCAAGAAGAGCCGAUUAAUAGUGAAGCACAAUCAAAUAUCCUUGCAAUUGAUGAUAGUGAUGAUGAAGUUUCGAAAAAAUGAAGUUGCCACUGUCACUUGAAGCCUGAUGUUGCUUGACAUGA